UUUUUUUUUUUUUUUAAUGUCAAUAUAUACAUUUUCGUCGAGAUUGCUGAUUUUUAUAUUGCUUUAUAUACACUGUUAUCUUGUUUUUUUUUUUUUAUCUAAAUACAGAUUAGCAUCGUGAGCCAGGAACCUGUUCUUUUCAACUGUUCGAUCGAAGAGAACAUUGCCUAUGGAUUUGACGGGAAAGCAAGUGCUACUGACAUAGAAAAUGCAGCUAAAAUGGCGAAUGCUCACGAAUUCAUCUCUAACUUUGCCGAGAAGUACCAGAGCUUUGUUGGGGAACGUGGUGUGAGGCUUUCAGGUGGUCAAAAACAAAGAAUAGCCAUUGCCAGAGCUUUGCUUAUGAACCCAAGAAUCCUGCUUUUAGACGAGGCAACCAGUGCACUUGAUGCUGAAAGCGAAUAUCUAGUUCAGGAUGCCAUGGACUCACUAAUGAAGGGAAGGACAGUGCUAGUCAUAGCUCAUCGGCUUUCAACCGUCAAAACUGCAGAUACAGUUGCAGUAGUUUCUGAUGGUCAGAUAGUAGAGAGAGGCAGUCACGAUGACCUCUUAAGAAAGGAUGGAAUUUACACGGCCUUGGUUAGGAGACAGUUACAAGCACCAAAACCAGAAAUAUAGUCACUUCGUUUAAUCACAAAGCAGUAUUUGCUGAUAUAAUCCGACGAAUCCAAAACCGUCAUGCUAAUUCGUUCUUCAUAUGAACAAUAUAUAGUCUUGUAUAUUUUCAAUAGGGCUGAGAGUUCAAGCUUUUGUAAUGUUAAGGUUCUUGACUAGAUCUGGUUCUUUACAAUUAUUACCUCAUUUAAUUUAAUCUAUAAAAUGGAUAUUUAUAACUAGCAAGUGUGUUUAUAUAUGUGAAUUGAUUCCUG